AUGAGUCAGACCACUUGUCCCACAUGCCACCAUCGGUUCUUCCGACUUGAAAACCCGCCCUGUCCCAAAUGCCGUGCUCGCACUCCUGGUCUCUCCUCCCUCUUGGUUUCCCAGCUUAACGAGAAGCCCCAGUGCUCUGGCUGCGGCGUCUAUGGAGAUCUUCCCACCUUAUCCAACGGGCCUCUGUGCAACCUAUGUGUUGCGUUUUAUAAGGCGGGCGGUAGCGCUCCGCUGGAGUUACUUCAGGAUCCCCGCGCUUCCCAGCAGCUCCUCGCCGCCUCCGCUGAUGGCUCUGCCGCCACAAAUCCUCAGUCCCAGCAGCUGCUGGAGCGUGCUCUGUCCUAUCAGCAGAGCGCGAGUGGCACAAGGCUCGGGCAAAAGCCAAGGGUCACUGGUACCGGGCCUAAUCCUGUGUUGUUCAGUAACCUGGCCAAGGCCCACCAAUACAACGCUGCCAAAAAAGCAAGCCUCGAAAGGGAAAAAAACAAAAAAGUCGCCAUCCGCAUUUCGAGCACCCUCUACCUCUCAAACCACAAAGGACUCAGGCCUGUUCCCGGCACCAGGGAAGGGCAUACUUUUAUCCAACCUGCGGCGACGAAGGUUGUCGAGGGAUAUGCGUGCCUCCUUGGUCGCACUCACAACCGAUUGCUGAAGUUGUCCCCAGACACCGAGCGUAAUGAGCCCAGUUGGGAGGAGGUAACCGUCCACCUCCAAGAAGGCACGAAUAAGGCCGUCUCCAUCGAUCACUUCGACAAAAACGAUAGCAUUCUGGCCCUUUUCAACUACCUGGUCCAGGAAAACUUUCUCAAACCUUCCCAAGUCGCAGACCGCCAUAUUGAGAUAUGGUUUGCUUUUGAUGAGAAAUCGGACUACAUUUCGGGGGUUUCUGAAGGCCUCCAGUCUGCUAUCCCCCUCAGGCAGUCCACAGCCAAAAGUGCGGUACCUCCCGCGCAGUCCAAGGCCAGUGCACGGGUGUUGCAUUCACGUCCGUCUGCUCAGCAGGUGUUCUCCAGAGACCCUCCUCUUGUAGAAGUCACUUUCCUUCGUGUCACCGCCUCUACUGAGAAUGGUGCUGACAUAUCGUGGUCUCAAGCCUCAACACUUGAAAAAACGGAGACCAUACUGGUUUCCAAGAACUUGGAAGCUAAUAGUACCAACCCCGGCUUCAUUGGGAAAGGGACCAGCAAAUACGCCUACUACGGACGAAUGGCUACUUCUACUGGCUGGAAGGAAUAUGCGGUUGCAGUCCUCCAAGACCAGCAGCUUUCCCCCCACAAUGCCCGACUCCUCCUUCGAGCCGAGUACGUUCUCAUGUGCAAAGGACAGUAUUUCAAGCAAGCAUUCGACCAGUUGGCACAAGAUCUCAAUGUUAAAAUCCCCAACUUCUGUUUCGACUUCAAGGAAGCUAUUUUUGGGUCCUUGAUCCCAAAGCCUGACACCCAGGCCCACCUCCCCCACCACUGGUUUCUCGCAACACCUUUGCUACGCUGUGGCCCCUUCGAUCCACCAUUCCGCAAGUUCACUGGCAACGACGAGAUGGGCCCCCCAGAAGACGCUAUAACCGCUGCAGUCCACGCGUUUGCGCACUUCUCAUAUGUGUACUCCGGGGGCGACCUCGUCUUUUGUGACCUCCAAGGAGGGCGUGAUUCUUCCGGCCGUGUUUGUCUGGUUGACCCCCAAUGUCACACGUUAUCCAAAGCAAAAGAUAGUCCCGUCUAUUGGGACGGCGGGCCCAGCAAGAUCAAGAUUGUUAUCGACAAGCACCUCCAGGAUUGCAGUCAGAACCAGUACUGCAAUGCGCUCGGACUCAAGUUCCUUCAAUAUACAGCGGACGACCCUUUCGAAGAGCCCGGACACCAGGGUCAGGAUGACCCUGCUUCUCCUUCCCGACCCAAGAAGAAACGCCGAACCGCGUCUCCUCGUGGGGUCAUGGCAAUCAAUAGCCUUCUCACCUCCUGA